CGCGCUGAGUUCCGGACGCUGUGCGCGGGCCCGCGCUCACUGACAGCCGGUGGCGAUGAUGAAGCGGCUGCAGCCGGCGAUCCCGCUCCUUUGCUUUCAUCUCCUGCUCUCCGCCGCCCGCGGCUCCCAGCCCCCCCACAUCGUCUUCAUUUUGGCCGAUGACUACGGCUGGAACGACGUCGGCUACCACGGCUCGGUGAUCCGGACCCCGGUGCUGGACAAGUUGUCGGCCCAGGGGGUCCGACUGGAGAACUACUAUGUGCAGCCCCUGUGCACGCCGUCCCGCAGCCAACUCCUGACCGGCAGGUACCAGAUUCACACAGGUUUCCAGCAUGAGAUCAUCUGGCCCUGUCAACCACACUGUCUCCCGCUGGAUGAAAAGCUGCUGCCUCAGCUGCUCAAGGAGGCUGGUUACAGCACUCACAUGGUGGGCAAAUGGCACCUUGGCAUGUACAAGAAAGAAUGCCUCCCGACACGAAGAGGAUUUGAUUCCUACUUUGGUUACCUGUUGGGCAGUGAGAAUUAUUAUACACACGAGCGGUGUUAUCACAUUGCACCAUUAAACAUCACUCGCUGUGCACUGGACUUACGAGAUGGAGAGGAAGUUGCCACUGGGUUCACCGGCAUAUAUUCGGGCCAUUUGUUUCCACAGAGAGCCGUCGACCUUCUAUCCAAGCAUAACCCAGCACGGCCUCUGUUUCUCUACUUGGCUCUUCAGUCAGUUCAUGAGCCCCUUCAGGUGCCCGAGGAAUACAUGGAGCCAUACAAUUUUAUCCAUGAUGUGGAUCGGCGCCACUAUGCGGGAAUGGUGUCAGUGAUGGAUGAGGCUGUCGGGAACAUCACUGAUGCCCUGCAAAGAUAUGGAUUCUGGAACAAUACUGUCCUGAUCUUCUCCACAGACAAUGGCGGGCAGACCUUAGGGGGCGGAAACAACUGGCCCCUGCGAGGAAGGAAAUGGACGCUGUGGGAAGGUGGUGUCCGAGGUGUGGGCUUUGUCACCAGCCCACUGCUCAAGCAAAAGGGCAGAGUUAAUCGAGAAUUCAUUCACAUCUCCGACUGGCUCCCGACUUUAGUGCAUUUGGCCGAAGGAUCCACUAAAGGCACCAAACCACUGGAUGGCUUUGACGUGUGGAAGACUAUCAGUGAAGGACAAUCCUCGCCCAGAAAUGAACUGCUUCACAACAUCGAUCCGCUGUUUGUUGAUAAUUCUCCAUGUCCCGUUUCACUCAAUGAAAAUGAAACAUCCAGUGUACAACUGAACAAAUGGCAGUAUUCUCUCUUUAAUGUGUCCAUCCAUGCAGCGAUCCGUUCUGGGGACUGGAAAUUAUUAACUGGAUAUCCUGGCUGCAGUUACUGGUUCCCACCUCCGUCGUCAUCAAAACAAUCGCAGCCAGCGCCACCAGACUCGCCAAAGAAGAACCUUUGGCUUUUUAAUAUUGCAAAUGAUCCGGAUGAGAUAGUUGAUCUUUCUGACCGUUACCCUGUCAUUGUUGAGAAGCUGCUGUCUAGACUUCAGUACUAUCAGGAUGGUGCAGUGCCAAUUGUUUACCCAGACGAUGACCCAAAGUGUGAUCCUGGCAAAGUUGGAGCGUGGGGACCAUGGGCUUAGAAACCAAGUCACGCAUUCGCGCAGCAUGGCCCAACUUGCCGCAGAGUCAUCCAGCGCAGAAACAGACCUUCGGCCCAAUUCGUCCAUACUGACCCAGAUGCCCCAGCUAAGCUAGUCCCGCAUUUGGCCCAUAUUUCUCUUAACCUUUCCUAUCCAUGGACCUGUGCAAGUUUCUUUUAAAUGCUUUUAUAGUAUCUGCCUCAACUACCUCCUUAGGCAGCUCGUUCCAUAUCCCAUCAACCGAUGAGGGUGCCAUCAAGGUUUUUAACCGAGCAGUCUGAAGAAGUGUCCCGACCCGAAACGUCACCUAUCCAUUUUCUCCAGAGACGCUGUCUCACCCGCUGGGUUACUCCAGCAUUUUGUGUCUAUCGUUAUAACUGAGUUAGUUUCAUUUGCUCACGUUUGGCCCAUAUCCCUCUCAAUCUCUCCUAUCCAUAUACCUACGUAAAUGUCUUUUAAACGUUGUCUCUGUGCCCACCUCUACAACUUCCUCUGGCAGCUUAUUCCAUCUAUAUGCCACUCUGCAUGAAAAAAUUGCCCCACAGCUCUCUUUUAAAUCUUUUCCUUCUUACCUUAAGUUCUAUGCCUUCCAGUUCUGGUUAUCUCUACGAGGGAAAAGGACUGUGACCAUUCACUAUAUCCAUGCCCUUCAUGAUUUUCGAUACCUCUGCAAGGUCACCCCUCAACCGCCUGCACUCCAUGGAAAAUCGUCCCAGCCCAUCCAGCAUCUCAUAUUUCUAGCCCUCGAGUCCUGGUAAUAUCCUGAUGAAUUUUCUCUGCACCCUGUCCAAAUCAAUGGCAUAAAGGAUAUAAUGUAUAAUUAAUCAUUCUCAUGUGCCACACAAUAAUAGAUAGUGGUAUUUGUACAGAAAUGCUAGAUUUUUAUAUCCUGAUCUGAGAGUGACUUUUGAUACUUGUCUCAACCCAGCCCUGUAGCUCCAAAGAUAGACACAAAGUGCUGGAGUAACUCAGCAGGACAGGCAGCAUCUUUGGAGAAAAAGGAUGAAUGACGUUUCGGGUCGGAGCCUUGCUUCAGACUGUGAAAUAGACUGUAGAUGGGAUCUGACCCGAAACGUCACCCAUCCUUUUUCUCCAGAGAUGCUGUCUGACCCAUACUCUAGCACUUUGUGUCAUUCUUUGGUAUAAGCCAGCAUCAGCAGUUCCUUUCUACACAUCUGAAACACCAAAUAUGUGUAUCUUUGUAUAUAUAUAUAUUGUUUAGAAUUAACAUUUGAUGCAAUGGUAUGAUAGCAGUUUUUAUGGUCAGAGUUGGGUCUAACAUUGUAGAUAUAACAGCAAAAUGCCACAAAUACUGAGCAUCUGGCAGCAUCUGUGGAGAGAGAAACAGAGUUAACAUUUCAGGUCAAUCACCCUUCAUCAAUUGUGACCUGACGUCAACUCUGUUUUUCUCUCCACGGAAGCUGCCUGACCCGUGGAGUAUUCUGAGCACUUUGUUUUUAUUUCAGAUUUCUAGCAUCUGCUUUAGUUUACUUUAGUUUUAGAGA